AUGAGCUUGAAGGGUAUGAUCUCCCUCCGAAAACACUUCAAAUCAUGUGAUUCUGAUAUCAUUUUAAGCACUUUUCUAAAAUCUGGCACAACAUGGUUAAAAGGUCUCAUAUUUACUAUUCUUAACCGUGGUCAAUUUGCCCCCGAUAGUGCCAAUCACCCUCUCCUCACUUGUAAUCCUCACAACCUUGUUCUUUUCUUUGAUCUUCAAAUAUAUGAUGAUGAAAAUAAAAACCCUAAUAUAGAAAACCUACAUAAUCCAAGAAUUUUUGCUACUCAUCUUCCAUUCUCACUAUUGCCACGAUGCAUCUCAUAUUCCAAUUGCCUCAUUGUAUAUAUAUGUCGAAAUCCUAUGGAUCAGCUUAUCUCUCGUUGGCUUUUCGCUGUAAAUCAAUGUCCAGAGUACAAGGAGGCAAGUUCAAUUGAAGAACUUGUCGAGAUGUUUCAAGAGGGAAUAUGUGCGUUUGGGCCAUUUUGGGACCAUGUUUUAGAGUAUUGGAAUAAGAGUUUGGAGGAAAAAGAUAGGAUUUUGUUUCUUAAAUUUGAAGAUUUAAAAGAGGAUAUUAUAAGUCAAAUUACUAAGCUAGCAGAUUUCUUGGGAUUCCUGAAAAAAAAGAGAGGAGUGAUAGAAGAAAUAUCAAGGUUGUGCAGCAUUGAAAAUUUGAAAGGGUUAGAAGUGAACACAAGUGGAGAAUGCAUACCAGGGCUACAAAACAAUGCAUAUUUUAGGAAAGGGGAGGUGGGAGACUGGGCUAAUUAUCUAAGCUCAGCAAUAGCGGAAAAAAUAAAGAACCUGGUGGAAGAAAAAUUCAAAGGUUCUGGCAUUGAAUUCAAAAUGACUUCAUAA